GCAGCAUUCAGAUUCGAUACCUACCACGGGCUCCAAGAAAGAUAGUCAUCACCUUGGAUUUGUUUUACUUACUUCUGAGAAAUCACCAGGCAUCUUUGACUCUUUUGUCAAUGGAGAGGAAUAGCACCUACCUUAGCAGCUCCAUGGAUAGCUCUUCGUUGGAGAACACCAGACCACCAGAAGUGGACCCUAACCAGACAGUCCUCUACACUCGAGAUGAGGAACUUGCCAAAGCUGAGAUUGGGGUUCUGGCUGCCAUUCUGGUGGUGACGAUGGCGGGGAACCUGGGUGUCCUCCUCGCCAUGUACCGACUAAGGAAGAAGAUGAGUCGCAUGCACCUUUUCAUCCUGCACCUGGGCCUGACUGAUCUUGGGGUUGCCCUAUUCCAGGUGCUUCCUCAGAUGAUUUGGGAGGUGACCUAUCGUUUCCAGGGACCCGAUCCACUUUGCAGACUUGUCAAGUACUUGCAGGUGCUGAGCAUGUUUGCCUCCACCUACAUGCUGAUUGCGAUGACGCUGGAUCGCUAUAUGGCCGUGUGCCACCCAUUGCGCACUCUCCAGCAGCCCAGCUGCCAGGCUUACCUGAUGAUUGGGACCACAUGGUUGCUUAGUUGCUUGCUCAGCUUGCCUCAACUCUUCAUCUUCUCAGUGAGAGAAGUACGCCAAGGUUCUGGUGUGCUGGACUGUUGGGCAGAAUUCAGGUACCCUUGGGGGGCCAAGGCCUACAUCACAUGGAUGACUUUGUGUGUCUUUGUGUUGCCCGUGGCCAUCCUCACCAUUUGCUAUGGUCUCAUCUGCCACAAGAUCUGCAAGAACCUUCGAGGGAAGACACAGCACGGUAGGGGAUCCUGUACAGCAGCUUCCAUUUCCUACACAGCCUCAACUCAGAAGGGAGCUGAGUGCCAGUCUGGUUCCCGUGUCAGCAGUGUCCGUACUAUCUCUCGUGCAAAGAUCCGCACUGUGAAGAUGACCUUUGUCAUUGUGCUGGCUUAUGUGGCUUGCUGGGCGCCCUUCUUCAGUGUGCAGAUGUGGUCUGUGUGGGACAAGAAUGCACCAAAUGAUGAAUCGAGUAAUGUGACUUUUACUAUCACCAUGUUGCUGGCCAGCCUUAGCAGCUGCUGUAACCCUUGGAUUUACAUGUUCUUCAGUGGACGUCUCUGUCAGGACAUCUUGCACUUUCUCUCCUGUUGUGGGAGUCUUCACUCCAAUCUCAAGAGGCAGUUCUCCAAUGGAAGCCUCUGCAGUCGGAAAACAACCAUCUUGACUCACAGCCCCCAGAACACUCCCGCUGCUCCUGAAGAUGGGAUUCAGCUGCAGUUAGAAGGCUUGAGAGAUUUCUACCAGCCCUACGAGGACACUGUGACUGAUUCAGGGAUGCUCUAAAGUAUCCUGAACCUGUGCAGUGCCACUGAAUGAUAAGUGUUCUGUAUGUUAAACUUUAAAACAGGCCUACAAUAUGAUGGCCCUAUAUUGUAUAUCUUCUAUGGGGCUGAAGAAAAUUUCCAUGCACAAAUGCUUUAUU